AUGGCUGCCUCGCGCGCCGCGCCCCCGCGCCGCCGGCCCCGGCUCCUGCUGCCGCUGCUGCCGUUGCUACUGUUGCCUGCGCCAAGCGACGGUCUUGGCCACUCUGCUGAACUGGCAUUUGCCGUGGAGCCGAGCGAUGACGUUGCAGUCCCUGGGCAGCCCGUGAUGCUGGGCUGCAAGGUGGAGGGGACCCCUCCAGUGCGAAUCACCUGGAGGAAGAAUGGGGUGGAGCUGGCGGACAGUACCCACUCCACUGUGCUGGCUAAUGGGUCCUUGAUGAUCCGCCACUUCCUGCUGGAUGGAGGAGGCGGCCCUUCAGAUGAGGGGGACUAUGAGUGUGUGGCCCAGAACCGCUUUGGGCUGGUGGUCAGUCGGAAGGCUCGAAUCCAGGCUGCAACCAUGUCAGACUUCCACGUGCAUCCUCAGGCCACCGUGGGCGAGGAGGGCGGUGUGGCCCGCUUCCAGUGCCAAAUCCAUGGGCUCCCCAAACCCCUCAUCACCUGGGAGAAGAACAGGGUCCCCAUUGACACGGACAAUGAGAGGUACACGCUGCUGCCCAAGGGAGUCCUGCAGAUCACAGGCCUUCGAGCUGAGGACAGCGGCGUCUUCCACUGUGUGGCCUCCAACAUCGCCAGUGUCCGGGUCAGCCACGGGGCCAGGCUCACCGUGACAGGCUCGGGCUCUGGGGCCUACAAGGAGCCCACGAUCCUCGUGGGGCCUGAGAACCUCACCCUGACUGUGCAUCAGACCGCUGUGCUCGAGUGUGUCGCCACGGGCAACCCGCGCCCCAUUGUGUCCUGGAGCCGCCUGGAUGGCCGCCCCAUUGGGGUGGAGGGCAUCCAGGUGCUGGGCACGGGGAACCUCAUCAUCUCAGACGUAACUGUACAGCACUCAGGGGUCUACGUCUGCGCAGCCAACAGGCCUGGCACCCGGGUGAGGAGAACAGCCCAGGGCCGGCUGGUGGUGCAAGCCCCGGCAGAGUUUGUCCAGCACCCCCAGUCCAUCUCCAGGCCGGUUGGAACCACAGCCAUGUUCACCUGCCAAGCCCAGGGCGAGCCACCUCCUCACGUGACGUGGUUGAAGAAUGGACAGGUGCUGGGGCCCGGAGGCCAUGUCAGGCUCAAGAAUAACAACAGCACCCUGACCAUUUCUGGAAUCGGCCCGGAAGAUGAGGCCAUUUACCAGUGCGUGGCCGAGAACAGCGCCGGCUCCUCCCAAGCCAGCGCCAGGCUGACCGUGCUGUGGGCCGAGGGGCUGCCCGGGCCCCCGCUCAACGUGCAGGCGGUCCCCGUGUCGUCCACCGAGGUCCGCGUGUCCUGGACCGAGCCCCUGGUGAACACCAGGGAGAUCAUCGGCUAUGUCCUGCACAUCAGGAAGGCGGCCGACCCGCCGGAGCUGGAGUACCAGGAAGCAGUUAGCAAGAGCACCUUCCAGCAUCUGGUGAGCGACCUGGAGCCUUCCACUGCCUACAGCUUCUACAUCAAAGCCUACACGCCCCAGGGAGCCAGCUCAGCCUCCGCCCCCACCCUGGCCAGCACUCUAGGCGAAGCCCCCGCCCCACCGCCGCUGUCUGCGCGGGUCCUGGGCAGCUCCACCCUGCAGCUGCUGUGGGAGCCCUGGCCCCGGCUGGCCCAGCACGAGGGCGGCUUCAAGCUGUUUUACCGCCCAGCAAGCAAGGCCGCCUUCACUGGCCCCAUCCUGCUGCCGGGAACUGUCUCCUCCUACAACCUCAGCCAGCUCGACCCCACUGCAGUGUACGAGGUGAAGCUGCUCGCCUACAACCAGCAUGGGGACGGCAAUGCUACCGUCCGCUUCAUGUCUCUGAGGGGAGCAGCUGAGAGGACAGCCCUGAGCCCACCAUGUGACUGUCGGAAGGAGGAGGCCACCAACCAGACGUCCACCACGGGCAUCGUCAUCGGCAUCCACAUCGGGGUCACCUGCAUCAUCUUCUGUGUCCUCUUCCUCUUAUUUGGCCAAAGGGGCAGGGUCCUCUUGUGCAAGGAUGUGGAAAACCAGCUCUCCCCUCCUCAGGGCCCCCGGAGCCAGAGGGACCCUGGCAUCCUAGCACCGAAUGGGGCAGGACGGGCAGAGCGGGGCCCGCUGGGCCAAGACGGGAAACGUGUGGACAUGAAGGAACUGGAGCAGCUGUUCCCCCGAGCAGGGGCUGUGCAGCCUCACCCCAGACCCACGCAGGACCCCGAGGCCCCUGCCCUGUGUGAGGUGACCCAGCUCUCCAUGCUGCCGCUUCGGGGGCUCAGCCUCCUGGAGGAGAUGCCGUCGGAGGCCCUGCCACCCCAGGACGUAGGCCCUGGCCUCCCGAGCGAAGGACCGGCUGCCCAGCCAGCUCCCUCGGGACCGUAG